AUGCGGAACCCGAAGGAUGCGCGGAACCGAUUGCAGCAGCGGCUUAUUUACACGGAUACGCACACUCCUUUCACUUCGGCUGGAGGCCACGUAGGCGUGGGGAAGGGUUCUGCCAACGUACCCGGAACGUGUCCACGGCUUCCUCAGCUUCAGGGGGUUGUGCCGCGGCGGGGUCUGGGCGCCAAAGCGACAGAAGUCUGCCCAGGCUCGGGGGAGUGUUCUCUGUUUUCGCGGCAGCGAUGGCUCCCGUGUCUGGCUCGCGCAGCCCGGAGUGGGAGGCCUCGGGGUCCGGGGGGCAGCGACGCGUUGGCCCAAGAGCUCCGAGAGCAGCAAAUCCGCCCGCUCCCCGCGGGGCCGCCACUCCCGCUCGCGCUCUUGCUCUCGGUCCGGGGACCGGAACGGCGUCAGCCACCAGCUGGGUGGCCUCAGCCAAGGCUCCCGAACAAGCCCUACCGCUGCUGCUUGUGGCGUCGUUCGCGGGAGCGGCCCUCUAGGCCGCGGGGCACGCCUUCCCUUCUGCCUCCCGUUCCGCCUGUUGCGGCCCCUACGGGAGCGAGGAGCCACGCGCGGCUUAGCCUCCGGGACCAGGAGAGGGAGGAGAGGAAAGGCCACAUGAGGACACAGCAAAAGGCUGCAGGCUACAAGCCAGGAAGAGAGGUCUGA